GUUUGGGUUGGGAGAGGCUGGGUGUUUAUUAAUUAUAGCAUUAGUAAAUAACAGUUUCAUAUCUGAUGUAAACGCAGAGCGAUCUGACUAAAACUUGUUUAAUAUGAACUGGAUAACGUUUGCGACAGACGAUUUCAAUAUGGAUAGUUUUGAUUGGAACCACACCGAUGACACGUCAUCAAUGCCCCCGGAAACAAGCAAGCUCUCACUCUCGGAGGAGGCGGCCCUGCUCGACCAAUACAACCAGGAACAAGCCAUCCGGUACCUUCCCGUGUUCGUGUUCCUAAUUAUCAUCUUGGUCAUAGGAACCAUUGGAAACAGCCUUGUCCUGUUCGUUUACUGCAAGAUGUUUAGAAAGACUUCGUCUAACUAUUUCAUCGUUGCUAUGGCAAUAUUUGACCUCUUAGCGUGUGCUAUAGGCUUGCCAACCGAAUUAUACGAUCUGAGAUAUUCGUUAACGUUUUACAGCGGUGCGAUAUGUAAGAUAUUUAGAUACACUGAAGCAGUUGUUGUUUACGGAUCUGCCAUCAUCCUUGUUGAAAUUGCAUUCGACCGGUACUUCAAAAUCUGCAAACCAUUGAUGUUAAUUGAACUUUACAAGAUAAAAAUCAUGUGCUUUGUCGCCGGGCUAGCAGCGGUGGUGAUAUCAAUUCCAGCACUCAUCUUGUACGGGAUUUCCCGAACGCAUACGCCGGACGGCCGUGUCCAAGGAUACGACUGCUCGAUAGAGGAGACGUAUAGAAAACAAGCGUUUUCCAAAAUCUAUUAUCUCAUGCUCGGACUGGUAUUUGUAACGACAGUCCUGAUCUUAUCUGGCUUGUACAUUCGUAUCUGGGUUGAAAUAAAACGCAGGAAAAAGCUGGUGAUUGGGGAUCAGGUAAAGAGACCGAGCAGGGAGGAAAUUCCGAUGCAAAACACCUUGGCGAAUGACCAGAAGACCAAGAAACUAAGAGUGGUCCGGUACUGCUCUGAGUACAGCGACGAAGACUCGCAGGACAUGGCGACCAGGAUGUCCUUGCGGCCAACACUUCAGUGCCUUGCGGAGGCGAUGACAAAGUUUCGGGUUAGUCGCACCACCAUUGUCCUGUUUGCGGUCACUGUUGUGUUUGUCAUCAGCUAUCUUCCUGGAAUCAUCGUCAUGAUAUGCAGGUCCUCUAUAAAGGAUCUGGAAAAGAAUCAGACUCUCGCCGAGCAAGUUAUAAGUAAACUGUUCUCCAAGUUUUAUUUCAUCAACAAUGCGAUAAAUCCAAUUAUAUACAGUUUCCUCAACCUCAGCUUCAGACGUCGAUGUAUAGUGUUAAUUAAGAAAUUAUUUGUUUGCCGAAAACGUGAUUUUCGCUUUCGAAAACCGAUUUAUGAAAAAACGGAUUCCCAGAAGAGUAAUAAAAGCACGAAAAGUUCCAAAAGCGCUAAGAUAAGUACCAAAGAGCUUCAAGUAUGAGAUAAAGUGAAUCUACGUACGUUUGAACAAUUUAACCAAUAGAGGGUGUUACAAAUAACUCUCGUGUCGGAAUCUGGAAAGUGUUUGCAUUUUAGAGUAUUGGAUAUAAGCUGUUUACCGGUUAUAAGAGAACACAUUAUAACAAUACUCUUGAAACCGGUAUACGCUAUUUAUCAGUUCUAAAUUAUAAAUCGCAUCAAUGUGGUGUACAAAUUUGAAAUAGAGAACACAAAUGUGUAAUACUUAGUUAUAUGGAUUGUAUAUAUAGAACUUGUGUUUUUUUUAAUAUAUAUAUUUUUGUGUUUAAAUUUGUUAAUACUUUGCAUUGCGUUACAUUAUUUAACAUUUAUUAUGUACGUUUGAAAUUGUAAAAUGCUUUUGUUUUUUGUUUUUCUUUCGACGAAUAUUUUGCUCAUACUGUUAAAAUAACACCUACACGAGUUUUAUCUCACCAAAACCUGACUUGUUGAAACAUUUCAUCAAUUUAUUUCACAUGAUAUGAUAAUUUUCGCUCAUAACAUGUAUAUCAUAUAUUUCAUGUAUGUCCAUGUGUAAAAGUUGUUCUUUGUUUACGCCGGUCUAACGUUGUGUUCAUUAGUUUACUGUUGAAUCUUUUCUGGAUGUAUUUCUUUUAUUUUAUGAAUACAUAUUUUAUAUUUCCUGAUAAAUUAGUAUUAUUUUAUCAGAAAUAUGGCCGUUCCUGAAACAUGAUCAUUUCCAUAACUUCAAUAGCGUAUUACAAUAUAAGUUCUUAAACACAACAAACAAUCUUUAAAAGGCGAUUUCUUCAGUUAUUAAAAAAUUAGCUUGUUCAAAAUUUACUUGCUUAAGUCACUGUUACUAUUUUAAAGAUAUUUACAAAAUGGUAUUUAUGUUGCUAAGUUCUUUAAGUUUUUAAAAUAAAAUUUCGUGAUGUUAAAACGUGUGGUCGAUUGGUCUUGAUGUCGAGUUACUCAUAUUUCAUCAACGUGUACGUCAAACAGUACGUUAUUCAUAUGUUCAGACUGACAUUUAAUUUAUCAAUAAAUACAACAUAUCGUUCAUGAGGUUUAUUACGCAGGGUAACAUUUGUAUCACAUAAACAAUCGAUGAUUGUAUCAAGACUGAAGGUGAAUUUUUGUCAUCGCUUUUUGCCAUCCAUGCGACACACG